CCGGCCCGGCCCCCCGCGGGCCCCUGCCCGCCCGCAUCGGCUACUACGAGAUCGACCGCACCAUCGGCAAGGGAAACUUCGCCGUCGUCAAGCGCGCCACGCACCUCGUCACCAAGGCCAAGGUUGCUAUAAAGAUUAUAGACAAGACCCAGCUGGACGAGGAAAACCUGAAGAAGAUAUUUCGAGAAGUUCAGAUCAUGAAGAUGCUCUGCCACCCACACAUCAUUCGGCUCCACCAGGUCAUGGAGACGGAGCGGAUGAUUUAUCUGGUGACCGAGUACGCGAGCGGAGGGGAAAUAUUUGAUCACCUGGUGGCCCACGGCCGGAUGGCCGAGAAGGAGGCGCGCAGGAAGUUCAAACAGAUCGUGGCCGCCGUCCACUUCUGCCACUGUCGGAACAUCGUCCACCGGGACCUGAAGGCGGAGAAUCUGCUUCUGGACGCCAACCUGAACAUCAAAAUAGCAGAUUUCGGGUUCAGCAACAUCUUCACGCCGGGACAGCUCCUGAAGACCUGGUGUGGGAGUCCACCGUAUGCGGCCCCGGAGCUGUUUGAAGGGAAGGAAUAUGACGGGCCCAAGGUGGACAUCUGGAGCCUGGGUGUGGUCCUGUAUGUGCUGGUGUGCGGGGCGCUGCCAUUUGACGGCAGCACGCUACAGAACCUGCGGGCCCGCGUGCUUAGUGGCAAGUUCCGGAUCCCGUUCUUCAUGUCCACAGAGUGUGAGCACUUGAUCCGCCACAUGCUGGUCCUGGAUCCCAGCAAGCGCCUGUCACUGGAGCAGAUCAGCAAACACAAGUGGAUGAAGCUCGGGGAGCCCGAUCCCAAUUUCGACAGGCUCAUCGCCGAGUGUCAGCACCUGAAGGUGGGGAGACAGCUGGAGCCCCCGAAUGAUGAUGUGCUCUUGGCCAUGGCGGAGAUGGGACUGGACAAGGAGCGGACGUUACAGUCCCUGAGGGCAGACGCCUAUGACCACUACAGUGCAAUCUACAGCCUCCUGUGCGACCGCCUCAAGAGACACAAGAACCUGCGUGUCGGAGGUGCCCCCGGCACGCCCAGGACCAUCGCCUUCCCUGCGUCCACCAACAUCCAGACGGAGCCGACGGGCAACACCGUGAGCCUCAGCGUUCCCCAGGUGCAGCUCAUCAACCCCGAGAACCAGAUCGUAGAGACUGACGGGACAAUGAAUCUGGACAGUGACGAAGGGGAGGAACCGUCCCCAGAAGCCCUAGUCCGAUACCUGUCCAUGAGGAGACACACCGUGGGCGUGGCCGACCCCCGCACGGAGGUGAUGGAAGACCUGCAUAAAGUCCUGCCCGGCUUCCCGCGGAUCGCCCCGCAGGCCCCGUUCCUCCAGGUGACACCCAACAUGAACGUCCUGCACAGCCUGCUGCCCGCCCAGAACCUGCAGCCCGCCAGCCAGCUGGAAUACAAGGAGCAGACCCUCCUGCAGCCUCCCACCCUGCAGCUGCUGAACGGGAUGGGCCCCCUCGGACGGCGGGCCUCGGACGGCGGAGCCAACAUCCAGCUGCAUGCCCAGCAGCUGCUCAAGCGUCCCCGGGGGCCAUCCCCCCUCGUCACCAUGACACCAGCAGUGCCCGCUGUGACCCCUGUGGAUGAGGAGAGCUCCGACGGGGAACCGGAUCAGGAAGCCGUGCAGAGGUACUUGGCAAAUAGGUCCAAAAGGCACACACUGGCCAUGACCAACCCGGCCACAGAGAUUCCUCCGGACCUGCAGUGGCAGCUCGGACAGCAGCCCUACCGUUCCCGCGUCUGGCCUCCCCACCUGGUCCCCGAUCAGCACCGCUCCAUCUACAAGGACUCCAACACCCUGCAUCUCCCCGCUGAGCGCUUCUCCCCCGUGCGCCGCUUCUCUGACGGGGCCGCCAGCAUCCAGGCCUUCAAAGCUCACCUGGAGAAGAUGGCCACCAACAGCAGCAUCAAGCAGCUGCAGCAGGAAUGUGAGCAGCUGCAGAAGAUAUACGGGUGCCAGAUUGACGAACGGGUCUUGGAGAAGACGCAGCAGCAGCACAUGCUGUACCAGCAGGAGCAGCAUCACCAGAUCCUCCAGCAACAGAUCCAGGAUUGUAUCUGCCCUCCUCAGCCUUCUCCACCACUCCAGUCUGCCUGCGAGAACCAGCCGGCCCUCCUCACCCACCAGCUCCAGAGGUUACGGAUUCAGCCCUCCAGCCCCCCGCCCAGUCACCCCAGUAACCACCUCUUCAGGCAGCCCAGCGACAGCCCUCCUCCGGUCAGCAGCGCCCUGCUGCAGUCCCAUGGUGCCGCCACCCCAUCCUCCCAGUUCCAGGGCCUGCCUUCUCGCAGUGCCAUCUUCCAGCAGGCCGGAAGCUGCUCCCCUCCCCCCAGCCUGGCGCUGAGCUGCGUGGCCCAGCAGGUGACCAUCCAGGUCCAGGAGCCAGCCGACAUGCUCGGCGGCCUGCCGGGGGCGGCGGGGGGGCGGCCUGCCGGGGGCGGCGGUGGCGGCCGGGGCACCGCCCCCAGCCCCUGUGCCAGCCAGAUCCAGAUGCAGCAGCGCGCCAGCCUAGUGGCCUCGCUGCAGUAUGGGCACCGCCCGCUGUCCAAGCAGCUGAGCGCCGACAGCGCCGAGGCCCACAGCCUGAGCGGGAGCCGCUUCCCCCCUGCCAACUAUGACCAAGCGCACCUCCACCCCCACCUGUUCCCGGACCCGGCCCGGAGCUCACCCGGCGGCUACGGCCCGGCGGCCGGCGUGGCGUUUCCGCCCGUCCCGGCCCUCGACCAGUUCCCGCCCUUCCCCGCCGGCACCCAGCAAACGUCGCCGUCGCAGCCGCCGCCCCCGCCGCACCACCAUCGCCACCACCACCACCACCACCACUACCCGGCUUCCGCCCUGCAGCAGGCCCUCCUGUCCCCGACGCCGCCCGACUACUCCAGACACCAGCACGUGCCCCACAUCCUCCAAGGACUUCUCUCCCCCCGGCACUCGCUCACGGGCCACUCGGACGCCCGGCUGCCCCCCGCCGAGUUCGCACAGCUCAUGAAGCGGCAGCAGCAGCGGCAGCAGCAGCAGCAGCAGCAGCAGGAGCUGAUGAGGCACAUGAGCCAGGGGGAUGCUGGGAACCUGAGCCCGAGCCUCGGCGGGCAGAGUUUGGCCGAGCGCCAGGGAUUGUCUUUGCCUUAUCAGAAUGCGGACUACUCCCCAGCACACGCCCACGGCCAGGCCGCCAGCCCCCAGCACCUCCUGCAGAUCCGAGCCGCAGACUGCCUCCCCCCGGGCCCCUCGCCCUGUCCCAGCCCAGGGUUCGGGCGCCAGGCGCCGCUGAUGACCUCAGAAAGCAUGGAGGACUGCUCGUGCGAAGGGGUCGGAGGCAGCUUCCCGGACAGAAAGGACGCCGGCCCCACGGCCAAGGGCUGCCCCGACCGGCCCCUGCUCUUGAGCACGGGCCGGCCGGCGGGCGUCGAGUCUCUGUUGGGGCCCGGGGGUGCGGCGCAAGACCCGGGGCCGCGUCACUUCCACCAGCAGCCCGCCAUUGCGUUUGGGAGGAGUAAGGUGCCCAGCAGAGAGUCCGUCGUGGGGAACUGCUUGGACAGAAACCCGCCCAGCCCAGCGAUGGAGCUGCCUGAUGUCAACGGGUCAGGGUACCCGACGCGCCCAGCCGCCAGCCACCACCACAGGCCGCGAACCCUCCAGAGACACCACACCAUCCAAAGCGGUGGCGAUGCCUACGUGCAGCUGGACGCCGUCCCCGGGAUGAGCCUGAUGGCCGGGAAGGUCUUGAGCUCGGCACGGAUGGCCGACGCCAUGUUCGGUCCGGGGUCGCUCAUGGGCAGCCAGCAGCACCGUGAGGGCGAGGACUGUGGGGAGAGUGUGGAAGGUCAAGAGGCCUCGGAGCCAGCCGGCAGUAACAGCGGCAACCAGCAUUUAAACUCCUCUUGUUGUCAAUCUACAUGUGUUCCAGACAUCCUGCUGGGCUACAAGCAUCCCGAGGUGUCCUUCAGCAUGGAGCCGGCCGGGGUGUAACGGGAAACUGGGGCGUGUCCUCCUGGGGAUGGAAAGACCCGUUUCAAACCAACAGAGUCGAGCAGCAGCAGCACGCCAAAUCACCAUUGCAUCCCUCUCCCAACCCCCCUGACGGCACCCCCCGCCCCCCCGGGGUGGGCUCUGUCCCAACCAGCUCAUGGCCCAGGAAAUAAACCGGAAACCCGAGGCUUCCCGCGAAAGCAAACCCCAGUUUGGCUUUUUCUCUCGGAGGCCGCGUCUCUGGCCCGGGUGACCCAAGAAGCGAGGGGGUUCCCGGACGCCGGGGCCCUCGGAGCAGGAGGUACCCCGGGGGAGGGGGCCAGACCUCAUAGCGGCUAAGAAGCCAGGCAUCUGGUAACCCCGAGCCCGCUCCCACCCAGUGCCAGGAAGCCAGUCCUCCAGCUAGGCCUGCGGGGAGGAGCUCUGGUGGGGCUGGGCUGCCUCGGAAUGGCGGGAGGGGACCCAACCUCCCCUCCACCCACAACACCGGUCCCCAACCCCACCUCCGCUUGGCUUUGCUUCCCUCCAUCCCCUCCAGGGUCCGCGAAGCAGUCCACCCCCGACCCUCCCCAUGGCUCCUCCCAAUGGACGAUGGGAACACGGAUAUACCGAUGGUGCAGUAUGAAUUCUGGGUCUCCCCCUUCCCGUCCCUCCCGUAGCGUGCUAAAUGAUUGCUCCUUCUCAGGCUCGGCCUUUUCCUUUCCGACCGCCCCCAGCAGCCUCCCCUCCCCAGCCGGAGCUGGAAGGCUCUCUGGCCCGAGCGCCUCCUCUCCAUCUCCCCACCUCCCCAUCCCGGUUUCCUUCCCGAUCAUGUAGGAAUUGUUUGGGGGAACUGAUGUUGUUGUUGUUGAUGUCGUCGUCGUUGUUGUUGUUAUUAUUAUUAUUAUUAUUAUUAUUAUUGUAUUAUUAUUAAUAAAGAAAAAAGGAUUUUUCUGUUUUACGAAGAGGAACGUUUAACCAGAUCCUCCUCUGUUUGGAUUGUGAACUUGCACCUUUGGUUCAAAGUGUUUUAUUUCUUUUGGACGACCUUGUAACCGUGAGGCCCCGCCCCGGGCUGUGCCAGCUGUGACCAUGUCCUGUCCCGGUCCUAAGCCAGCGGAGCACGGACAGCUGCUGUUAUUAGCGUCGCUUCCCUCUCCAUUUCUUCCCCGUUUGAAACCAAAGUCUUCUCCAUGCUGGGUCCAGGGGGCCGGGGGGCCGGGGGCAUCGCCUUUUGGACUUGGAAAAGCAAGAAGCAGCCUUUCCCACCCUCCGGUUGUGAGGAGAGGGGAGGCCCCCCCCCCCAACUCCCCGCCCUGAGACCCAGCCCUGAAUUUGCACAGAAGAAAGUGUGAGACCAGGACACUGCCCCUCCCCGACCCACCCUCCACCAGAAAAAAAAAUCCGCGCCUUCAGUCGGGGAAAAACCAACCACCAGGCCUUGGUGGGAGACCUCCCAGGAGUCGGGGUGGGAGUAUCUCCAGCAUCCGGACUCCCGGCUUCAUUCCCAAGAUCUGGCCCCUCGCCCUGCCCUCCCCUUCCUCCACUGCCCUCUGCCCACCCCAGGGAGGCAACAGGCAAACUCUGGAAGCCUCCGUGAGCUUUUCCACGACACCCCCUUCCCACCCUCCCCAGAAUUCCCACGCACACACUUUGUUUACAUGAUGCCGUAUUGAUGGGAGACCGGACCGCCCCCCUCCAGGACCCCCGGACGGACACCAGGGAGUCUAGACUGUGCCAUCCUGCGUCCCGCGCUGUUUAUCAUGGCUUUGUAUUGUAGUAACCGAUCCCCGCAGUAUAUGUUGGAUGUAUAUUCAGCUACUCGGCUAUUAUUUCUGGUCUUUGGAAAUGUCAGACGUAUCUUUUCCUUUCUCAUCGAUGUUGGACUAAGAAAGGCGGAAAAAAGGACAGAGAAAGAAAGGCACCAGCAGACGCCCUGCGGAGAUCUCUCGUCUGUAUUUUUCCCUGGGGCGCUUCCAGCCAGUCACUGAGUUAGCGGUGGGGUCAGAAGAAAUAAAGACCUGUGACUGACUACGA